AUGAGCUCGGCUGUGGAAGCCGCGAAGCGAAAGAGCGAUGCUGCUCUGACAACUGCCAAAGACAUGGCUGCAGAUGCUCCGGCAGCCAUACAAAAGGUGCGAGAGGAUCCGAAAGCAGCUACGCAAAGCUUCCUCCACACACCAUUCAUACGAGCCGCAUUACCAUUCGUCAAUGGUGGUGCAGCAGGUAUGGUGGCCACGACGGUCAUUCAGCCUGUGGACAUGAUCAAAGUACGGUUGCAGCUUGCGGGCGAGGGAGCCAAGGUUGGUCCGAAACCCACACCCAUCACUAUAACCAGAGACAUCAUCGCGGCUGGGAAGGUCAUGGACUUGUAUACUGGUCUUUCCGCAGGUCUGCUCAGACAAGCGGUCUACACCACGGCGAGACUAGGCAUCUUCGACACCCUGAUGAAGUCCUUGACCGUAAGAGCUGAGGCGAAAGGGAAUAAGAUCGGGUUUGGAGAGCGAGCGACGGCGGGUUUGACUGCGGGUGGUCUGGCAGCUAUGGUUGGCAACCCCGCAGAUCUGGCCUUGAUCAGGAUGCAGUCAGAUGGUCUGAAGCCAGCAGCUGAGCGAGCAAACUACAAGGGCGUAGGCGAUGCUCUGAUGCGUAUUGCACGUAACGAAGGAGUGGCUAGACUCUGGGCAGGAGCAUACCCCACGAUCGUGCGAGCCAUGGCCUUGAACUUCGGCCAGCUCGCGUUCUUCUCCGAAGCCAAAGCACAAUUGAAAGGUAGCUCGAUGGGUCCGCGGGCGCAAACUCUGACGGCUUCGGCCAUUGCUGGCUUCUUCGCAUCGUUCUUCUCCCUGCCAUUCGAUUUCAUGAAGACGAGGUUGCAGAAGCAGACGAGGGGACCGGAUGGUACGAUGCCGUACAAGGGCAUGUUUGACUGUUUCCAGAAGGUGAUCCGAGAAGAGGGGCCCUUGAGGUUCUAUCGAGGGUUUGCGACAUAUUAUGUGCGCAUUGCGCCUCACGCUAUGGUCACGCUUAUGGUGGCCGACUACCUCAACUUCAUCACGAAUAAGAUGGCCAGGUCAAGUUUGCGACCGACGCCUAGUAUGCGUAUCUCACGCCGCUCGAUUGCACCCGACACCCCAAGCGGGCGUCGACCAUCACCAGCACCACCGCCAUCGUCCGCAGUGGGACAAUCCACCAGCAACAAUCUACCCGACUAUGAAGCACCGACCUUCCCCCUCAACCCUGCUGCACAACGGGCAUUGGCAGACCUGCUACGCCACAAGAAUAACUUCAAGAGUCUGGACUUUCACCUUGACGAGGCUGUAGCGGGUGUGAUGGAGAAUGCUGCUGCGAUCAACGAUCGCGUAGUCAGCAAGAGGAAAGAAUAUGCCGGCAGCAGAAAGCGGCGCAGGCGGAGUGAUGCGAACAACGACGAUGGUGACGGAGAUGAAGAUGGAGUGGACGACAUUGCCAAGGAUCUCGACGAUCUCCAGGACAAGGUCGACCGCAUGACCCAACGGAUGGAGGAGACGAUGCGGAAGAUGAUCGACGGCAAGCGCGGCACUCAGCAAAUCAAGGAGAGUGUCUUGGCAGCCGCCGACGAGGCGAGAGUGAAUGCGAGUACCCAAGCAAGCACCCAGAUGCCGACGACGCAGAGACGCAUUCGCGCGAGCAAUGACGAUGACGAAGAUGGAGACGUAGAGGACUUUGAGCCGACGGACCCAACGGCUGCCACCCAACCACAGUCCGCACCCGUGGAAGUCUUUAGGACGAAGCUGGACGAUGCCAAGGUGCGCUAUCAAUCUCACAGUCUGGCAGUACGAUAUGCCGAGGACGACGACUACGUCAAGUUCAAAGGUCUGGUACACGAUGCACGAACAGCCGAAGACCCAGACGAGCCGGACCUACCACAUCCCCGGACAUGGUUCCCACAAGAAAGUGGUGCGCCUGCACCUGGUGUCAAUACCCGUGCUGGAGCUUCCGCCGACGACGACGACAGCGACGACGACAUCGCCAUUGCCCGAACAACAAUCAGCACAAGAUGUCCGUUGACCCUACAAGAAUUCCGCGACCCCCUCAGCUCGAAAAAAUGCAACCACAACUUCGAAGCAGAAGCCUUCAUGUCCCUCCUCCAAGGCGCCGCAAACCGCAUCAACGGCAAACCAGCCGUGCAAUGUCCAUGCGGCGGCUGCAAGGAGACUCUAACGAAAGACGAUCUGCACCGCGAUCCCAUCGUUCUACGAAAGAUCAAACGGAUCCAGCGAGCCAGAGAGCUAGAAGCGGAAGAGGCGCAAGGUGGUGGUGGGGGGUUGGGUGGGACACAGCAUGAUGCUACGCUGAUUGAUGACGAUGAUGAUGAUGAAGAUGCGAAUGGAGCGGAUGUGGAUGCGUUGUUACAGCGGCAGACGCAGAUGAAGGCUGAGCCGAGGGGGAGUGCGAGGCCGGGUGGGGUGGUGGCGAGUGGUAGUGGUGCACCGAGGAGUACGGCGCCGAUUGAGCUGGUUGAGGAGGAAGAAGAAGAAGAAGAAGAAGAAGAUGAUGAUGAUCCGCUGCCUUACUGA